AUGUCCGGGAUCUGUGUACAUGUGUGCGUGUCUCAUCCCACGUUUUGUCUGUCCUACCGUCACUCCAACUCACCUGGUCUGUCCCACACCGUCACUCCAACUCACCUGGUCACCAUGAAGGACCUCCUCAAACUCCUGUCUCUGCUCGCCUGCCUAGUCUGCGCCGCCGCCUUCAAACCGCCCAGUAUGUUCGGCGGAAAGUUACUGGUCACCAAACAGUGCCAGUAUUGUUUAGUCUAUGCUUUGCCAGAACUCCCAGGGCCGGUGCGGGAACCACGCAGAUACAGUUGUAAACCAUUAUUUUCAAUAACUCAUGCUACUGCCUUGCAGAUAUACAUGGAUAUUGACGUAGGCGGCCUCAACAUCGGCCGGAUCGUCAUUGGACUGUUCGGCAGGGUAACUCCACUGACUGCCGAGAACUUCCGAAUCUUAUGCGUGGGUGAACAGCCACACAGCUACAUCAACACACCCUUCCACAGGGUAGUUAAGGGGUACUUCAUCCAAGGUGGUGACGUAGUCCAUUUCGACGGCACUGGAGGAACCAGUGCCUUUGGACAUGUAUUUGAUGAUGAGAAUUUCCAGCUGAAGCACUGGGGUGAGGGUUGGGUGAGCAUGGCCAACGCUGAAGUACCCAACACCAACCAGUCUCAGUUCUUCAUCACCUUAACCAAGUGUCACUGGCUGGACGACAAACAUGUUGUGUUCGGGAAGGUCUUAGACGGAAUGGACAUUAUACGGCACAUUGGAAACAUGGAGCUGGAUGACAGAGAACGACCCAAGCAGGACGUCACCAUAUCUAGCUGUGGGGUACAGAAAGCCGGCAUCACCAUGGUGGAUGUACCAAAAGGACAUGAUUCCGAUGAAUUCUAACAAACUUUCUAAACUUUUUUUUUUUCAACUUUGAAUAUAUUGUACUUUGAAUGAAUGUGUAUUAGACACUGGACCCCAUUUGCUUACCCUAAAUGUGAAUGUGCACAGCACUUUAGUUUAAAGAUUAAGCUUAUUACCAACGCAAAAGAGAACUCCAGAAGUUGGAAGCUCGUGAUGUCAUCGCACUUCUGACUUCCAGUGAGUCAGCGAGUGGAUCACACAUUUGACAAAGGUUAACAAGAUCGACUGAAAAUUUAUGAGUUCUCUUUUUUGUGUUGGA